AUGGCGAUGGCCCGUCCUCACCACCGGGCCUCGUCCACCGCAUCUUCAUCGUCCGCCAAUCGCCCGCCGCCCAACACCGCGUCUUCCUCAGCAUUCAUACAUGUCCCCACAGCCGCCGAGACUUCACAUCACGACGCCUCUCACCUCAACCACAAAGGAAGCCACACUCACGCCCACAACCACUGCAUCGACUCGUCCUUCUCGUCCUCGCCCUCGUCCCCUCCGCCCGUCCACCCAUCCCUCCUCCAGCCUCGAGUCGCCGUCGUCCUCAACGUCCCUCCUCCCUGGCACCCAUGGCUCUUCGCCCUUCGACUCUGCUCUAUUCUUCCCGCGCUCUGGUGGGGUCUGCCAUGUGCCCUCCAGCUUCUGCUACGAGUUCUCCCUGGCCCCGACCAAAUUCUCGUCGUGCGACCGAAUCGCGAAUGCACAACCGGCUCGUGCGACGGUGGUGACGAUGCCGUCCCCUUUGCACUGACAGAAGGUGCCCUGGCGACAAUAUGGUGCUUUGCCUGCGGGUACCUCUCCUUCUUCUUUACCGAUUGCCUCAUGUCACGAUGGCUCAUCUACUACACUCCACAAGCAACCAUAGUGCGUUUGCUCACCAUCAAUGCUGUUAAUGCCUACCUUACCAUGAUUGUCCUCUUGUUCGCCGGCGGUUUUGAGGACCCCCGACUCAUGCUUCCUGGCUGGGUCGGCAUCGCAACUUAUGCUACCACAUAA